AUGGCUUGUGUUCUUGUGCAUGCGGGUGCAGGGAACCACUCAAAAUUUAACGAAGAGAAAUAUAAUGAAUUAUGUUAUGAAGCCUGUUUACAUGCCUCUGAUCUGAUGUGUUUUGAAAAUAAGAACGCUGUGGAUGCUGUAGAGACUGCCGUUGCCUAUUUAGAAGACUGUUCAUUAACCAAUGCGGGGCUUGGAAGUAAUUUAACUAUAAAUGGGUUUGUCGAGUGUGACGCAGGCAUAAUGACUAGUUCUACCCAUCGGUUUGCUGGGGUCGGAGCCGUCCGAAAUGUGAGAAAUCCUGUAAAACUCGCAAGACUUCUCCUACAGACGCAGAUUGACCAGCCUUUGGGUGAAUGUGGACGUGUCCAGCCAUGUUUACUUGUUGGUGAUGGGGUUCGUGCCUGGGCAGCUACAAAAGGACAUUUUAUUGAUACAUGUGAUCUUACCACUAGAGCUUCACAAUUAUUGUGGGAAAAAUACAGAAGUUGGUUACAUGAUGGUGAUAAAACGAAUGGGAAUGCGAGUAUUACCGAUUGUAUGCCUGGGUGUAGUUAUUCCAGUGAAGAAAAGAAAUCCAGUUUUGACACCGUCGGCGCUGUAUGCGUGGACUUGGAAGGUAACAUUGCCUCUGCGGCGUCAAGCGGUGGCAUUGCAAUAAAAUACGAGGGUCGUAUUGGACAAGCAUGUACAUACGGUUGUGGUUGCUGGGCAGAGGAACUCAGUUUGUAUUCGCGAAUCGGUACCGUCACUUCUGGUACAGGUGAACAGUUAGUAAGGACCCAGCUCGCUCAGCGUUGUGCCGAACGAUUCAGCGGUUCGUCAAUCUCUGUUCCCAAAGUAGUCAAGUCAUCUCUGAUUGAUGGUUUUCUAAAUUCAAAAUAUCUUUCAUUAGACAGGGAAAAGUGGGCUGGAAUAGCUGGUGUAUAUUACAACUUCGAAUGUACAAACCGUCCGGUUGUGGAUAUAUUUGUUGCACACUCAACAACAUCAAUGAGCGUCGGCCAUUAUGUGCCUAGUGUUAUGAGAGAACCAGCCGCUCGAAUAACACGAAAACAAACUGACGAACCCAUAUACUUAGAGGUCUCGUCGUACUGCUUACAAUAA